AUGCAGAACCAUGUCCGUCAAACAUGGGAGGAGUGCCACCCAAUAACGUGGAGAAUGCCGCCCAAUAACAUGGGAGGUAUGCAACCCAAUAACAUGGGUGGAACACCGCCAAACUCCAUGGAGGCUCUGCUCAACAGGGGAGGACUACCACCAAACAUUGGAGGAAUGCCCACGAAUAAUAUGGGAGGAACACCCUCAAAUUCCAUGGGAGGAAUGCCACCAACCAACUUGGGAGGAAUGCCUCCCAAUAACAUGGGAGUAGUGCCGCCCAAUAAUGCUCCAAACUUCCAGUACAGAAAUGGGCCAAACAACGGAGGCAUGCCUUAUCAAUCUGGUCCAGGACCAAACAGAGAGUGUCGAAACAGCUAUGCACCAAAUGCUGGUGGAAAGUCUUUCCAAACCCAGAACAUGCCUGGAAGGGACAUGCCCCCACCCCCUCCUCCCCCAUCAUAAGACUAUUAAUCAACACGUUGCACAUAAGUAAGGAUCUCAUGCAUUUAGGGUUUUCUGUUAUGGAUGUUUUUUGCUUUCUUGAGCUUCAUAAGUUGUUUACGAAUGGUAAUGUUUUAAGAAUGUUAAUCCUGGUUUUAUGUUGAUGCUUAACUGGUUGGUAGUGGAAAUGAUCAAGCUUAUGAGUCAUAAUGGCCGG